AUGUUGCCGUCAAAACGUGAAUCGAAGGAGGAGAAGCUCCCGCAGCAAGAAGUGCACUAUCUAAAGGAUAUUCAGAUUGGUUCAAAUAAGCCGGAACCGUUUUAUCAGAAUUAUCAGCCUCAAGUACCAAUAGCGCUCGAUUUAGGUACAUCAACAUGGAGAGUAGGACUCACUAAUAGUCCCGAGCCCAACAAUGUAUUUCCUGGAAUCAUAUCUCGUCAUCGCGAUAGAAGGGCAUUGAAAACGUUGACUAUUAUUGGAAACGAUGUGUAUGCAGAUGCUUCUUUGAAAUCCACAACCAAAACCCCCUUUGAUGGUCCGUUAAUUACGAAUUGGGACUACAUAGAGUUUAUGUUGGAUUACUCGUUUGAACACUUGGGAGUCACUAGUAAUAAUGGCAAACUAAACAAUCCGAUAAUAAUGACUGAACCAAUCACCUGUACCUACCAUCAACGCAAAACAAUGUAUGAACUUUUGUUUGAGGCUUACCAAGUACCCAAAAUCAGUUUCGGGUUGGACUCCUUGUUUUCAUUUUAUUACAAUACCAAUGGUCACUCUACUGGGUUGGUAAUUGGAACAGGAAAUGAACUGACGUCUAUCAUACCAGUGAUUGAAGGAAAAGCAUUAAUGACACAAGCCAAGAGAAUAGAUUGGGGUGGAGACCAAUCACAACUGUACUUGUCAAAAUUGUUGAGCUUAAAAUACCCAUACUUUCCAAACAAGUUGAACUCCACUCAUACAACCAAUUUAUUUCAAGAUUUCUGUUACGUAUCAGAGGACUACAACAGAGAGUUGAAGCAUAUUCUAGAUAUGGAUGUUUUAGAGAAAAAAGAUAUUGUGGUACAAGCGCCAGUGGAUAUAGCCGUUAAGGUGGAAAAUAAGAAAACAGAAGAAGAGUUGGCAAAGCAGGCCGAGAAAAGAAAAGAACAGGGGAAACGGUUGCAGAAACAAGCUCAACAAAAGCGUUUGGAAAAAUUGGUUGAAAAGCAAGAAGAAUGGGAAUACUAUGUAAAACUUAAAGAAGAUAAUUCUCAUUUGAGUGCAACGGAAUUUGAAGAGAUUUUGAUCAAAGCUGGAUUUGAAGAUGCUGAUGAUUUCAAGAAAUAUUUGGUUUCAUUGGAGCGGACAUUAAAGAGGGCCGCUGCUGCGCAACAGCAGGGUGAUGGUGAAGACGCCAAUGCCGAUCUGGAAACAAUGACUUGGCCCUUGGUGGAUAUACCUGACGACCAAUUAAACGAGGAGCAAAUCAAGGAGAAAAGAAAACAGAAAUUGCAUAAAGCAAACGUUGAAGCAAGGGAACGAAAUAGAGAAUUAAAACGACAAGAAGAAGAAAUAAAGGCAAGAUAUGAAAAAGAACAGCAAGAAUGGAGAGAACGAGAUUUGGAUGAUUGGUGUACGGCAAAGAAAGUGAAUUUGGCAGAAUUGAUAAGCAAACUCAAAAACAGACAAAAGCUAUUAGAGUCAAUGAAGGAUAGAAAGUCUGCAGCAGCUCAGCAACGUAUGAAAAAUAUAGCUGAAUUGGCAAAUGACGAAACUGGCUCUACUUCUGCUGCAUCUAGAAAAAGACGGCGUAAUGCAAAUGCAACCAUCGAUAAUGACCCAAACGAUACUUUUGGAACUAAUGAUGACGAUUGGAACGCGUACAGAGAAAUAUCGAAUCAAAGUGUAGAAGAAGAAUUGGAAAUUAUAAACAAGAGCAUAUUGGAGGUUGAGGAAGAUUUAUUAAAGUAUGAUCCGAAUUUCUAUCACGAAGAUACGUUUGCUGCAGCUAAUUCCUUUGACUGGAAAAGUCUGGUGUUGCACAAAUUCAUUCAUGGACCACGGCCGAAUAUCACAAUUGCGAUGCAAGCCGACGGUUUGUCGCCAGAUGAGAUUGCAAAUCACCCGGAUAUAAUUAAAAAGAAUCAUCAAAUCCAUUUGAAUGUGGAACGAAUUAGAGUACCGGAAAUAUUGUUUCAACCAAGUAUUGGAGGCUUGGAUCAAGCCGGUAUCAGCGAAAUAAUAGGUGAUUUAUUGAGGAGAAGGUUGGAUGGUAAUUUUCAACUUGCUGGUCAAUCAUAUGCCAUGGCUCAGAAUGUAUUCAUUACUGGCGGUUUAGCGUUGUUGCCUGGUUUUAGAAAUAGAAUUGAAAGGGAUACUAGAGGCUUUCUUCCUAUUGGCACGCCAUUGAACGUACGUACAGCCAAAGAUCCAUUGUUAGAUGCCUGGCAUGGAAUGAGCAAAUGGGCCAAUAGCGAGGAUUCGAAAGACGCGUAUGUUACACGAGCAGAAUUUGAAGAAUAUGGACCAGAGUAUAUCAAAGAGCAUGGGUUGGGAAAUGCUUGUAUACUAUGA